AUGUCACUGAAAACCGUUGUACGCCAACAGAGCCAAACGCCUGCCCAGCAGCUGCAACUGCAGCAACAAAGGGACAUUGAGAAUGGCUUGUAUCCAAAUAUACCGGCAGAGCGGCGUAGCCCGCCGCCGCGUCCACAGCGCCAGGACACCAUAGAUAUGGAGGAGAUACCCUUAAAUCGUUCUACAUCGCAGCCGGAGCCGGAAGAUCGUCGUAGAAUGCGCGACAUUUUCAACCAUCACGACGCUGACAGAGAUGGCAGAAUUAAUACACAUGAGCUGAAACAGCUAAUCUCGAAUGGGUAUUGCCAGGACAUACCCGCGUAUAUUGCCGACCAGAUACUGAAGCGCGCCGAUGACGACAACAGCGGUGCUUUGGACUUCGAAGAGUUCUAUCAGAUGUCUCUCCGUCAACAGCUAAUGUUUCGCAACCUGUUGGCGCUUUACUGUCGGGCUGUGGUGCCGCCACCGACGCCGCGCGGCGAUGAGCCGGAUGGUGCCUACGAAAGGCAGAUGUCUGUCUGUCCACCACCAUUAACCAUGGUUAUCUUCUCCAUUAUUGAGAUUAUCAUGUUCCUGGUGGAUGUCAUUCAUUUUCAAGAUGAUCCCGACCACAAUCAACGUCUGGGGGAGAGCACCAACGGGCCGGCUGCGACGCUCUUUAUCUACAAUCCGUACAAGCGUUACGAGGCCUGGCGUUUCGGCAGCUACAUGUUUGUGCACGUCGGCAUUAUGCAUCUCAUGAUGAAUCUAAUUAUUCAGAUCUUUCUGGGAAUUGCUCUCGAGCUGGUGCACCACUGGUGGCGUGUGGCACUCGUCUAUCUGGCCGGCGUGCUGGCCGGAUCUAUGGGCACCUCACUAACUAGUCCGCGCAUCUUUCUGGCCGGCGCAUCUGGUGGCGUCUAUGCUCUUAUUACGGCCCAUAUAGCCACAAUCAUUAUGAACUACUCGGAAAUGGAGUACGCGAUCAUACAGCUGCUUGCUUUCCUUAUCUUUUGCUUCACAGAUCUGGGCACCUCAAUCUAUCGCCAUCUAACCGAUCAACACGAUCAGAUCGGCUAUGUGGCUCACUUAUCAGGCGCCAUUGCCGGCCUACUUGUGGGCAUUGGCGUGCUCCGAAAUCUGCAAGUGCGACGCUGGGAAAGGAUUCUGUGGUGGAUUUCGGUCAUCUUCUAUUUCGCGCUCAUGACCACCGGCAUCAUUGUCCACAUCUUUGUGCCCGACUACUUCCCCAAGCCUGAAUACAACUAAGAGAGAAAGCCACCGAAUGAGCAAAUGAGCGAACGAGCGGCUAAACGACAAUUAGCAUAAAAUUUGAUUUCUAUUUAAGUGACUCGCAUCCAAAGUGCACUUCAUCCCGGCCAUUGGGUCGCUCAUCAGGUCUAUACGGCCUGUCUAUAACUUAUAAGAGAAAAGAUUAUCAUUACACGCACACAGCUGUGCACAAAUUUUUUUAACCAUUUAUCCAUUUUACGGAGAGUAUUUGCAUUUCAUACGGACUCAGCGUUGUCCCUUUACAUGGACCGCCAAGUGCAUAUAUACAUAUAUAUGUACAUAAAUAUACAUAAAAAACACUUAUACGUUAAAGUAAUUUAUUAUAAAGCGAACAUUUUUGUACUAACUUAUUAUUAUGUAAUACAGUUAGGGUCCGAUUCGUGAGCACAAAAAUGCAAACAAUCAAAUAAUUGUUUAACAAAUAACUUCGGCAGCUAGAAUAAGAAAAUGCUUACGAACCCAGAGUUUUAUCUUUAAGCAGUGAAACAAAUAAUUGGCCUUUCGUGAAGACCCUAAAUAAUAAUGUAUUUUCAUAAUGUUACGACAGAUUAAACAGUGGAGUGAAGCUCCACCACU